ACUGCAACGGCAACUGCAACUGCAACAAGUGCAAAAUUGUGCAUAGUUUUUUUAACAAAGUGUUGCCAAGUGUAACACACAUAAUAACACACACACACACAAACGCAAAUACACACAGCUCGAAGUGGACAUGUCGGCGUCUACUAAACUGGAGCAGCACUCCAAGCCCAUACUGAGUCCAACACGAUCCCUUGACGAAGGUUUCGAAAGUGAUCCGGAUCGGGUUUCAACCGAUUCAGAGCAUCAAAUAAAUAACAACAACAUCAACAGCAAUAACAAUGCCAGCAAGCUGGCGCAGCUUAGCUCGGCGGCAACGGGCGGUGCCAGCAGUAACAACAGCAGCAACAGUAACAGCAACAGCAGCAACAGCAGCAAUAACAACAAUAGCAACAACUUGACAGAGAAGCGCGGCGUACUCAGUCUGGCCGCGCCGCAGCUGCAGCGACGCGAUUAUUACAAGGACCAGCAACAGCAGCAGCAACAGCAACAGCAGCAGCAGCAGCAGCGCCUGCAAUAUCAAAAACAACGCCAGCCGCUGGUCGCCAGCGCCGCCGCCGCCAGCAUUCACAAUCAUCGCUUGACCAAUGGCCUCAGUGUUGGCGCCGGCGCCGCAGCCGCUGCUGCAGCUGGCUAUAGGCGCGGACGUCGCCUGCACGUAACGCCGCCAGCGCGCCACGCGCUGCGCUCGCAUUCGGUGGACGCUAUUGGCAGGCAGCGACAUGGCUAUGAUCCGAGCAGCCUCAUCCUCAAGCACGACGGUAACGGCAACGUUAGCAGCAGCAGCAGCGUCAGUGUCGGCGGCGGCAGCGCCAACAGUCGCAUGCUAAACUACAAGAGCAGCGCGCCUGGCACAGGCUCGGCGGCGGCAGCGGCUGCGGCAGCAGCAGCAGCAGCGGCUGGACAGGCAGCGCUGCUCGUGCAGCCCAUCUCGAGUGCCACGCUGUCGCCGCUGGCGGGCGUUGGGGUGGACGGUGUGGGCGUCGAAGGCAGCGGUGGCGCAUCGCCCGUAAUUGCCUCCGCCACGCACAGCCUGUACACGUUCUACCCGGCCGAGGGAAAUCUGCAGGUGUGGCAAACCGAGUGCGGGGAUCUGACCUAUAAGUCGUCAAGGAAUAUGCAUCAGCUGCACAAGGCGCCCGUGUGCUGGACACAGUCCAUACCCAGGCAGGCAAGACGCUAUAUCACGCCAGCCGCCGCAGCGACAACAACAACAGCAGCAGCAGGGGGCAGCAAUUGCGGCACGACGGGCGUUACUAGUCUGGCGGUAUAUCCCACGGCCACGGCGCAGGUCUAUCGCUCCAACAAUGGACUCGAUGUCCUCGACUGCGCCGGCCUGGAGCAUCAUAGUGCAGCGGCGACAACAGCCAACGGCAGCAAUUCCAGCGGCAGCGGCUUCUCCCAGCGACUACGCGAACUGGCCGCAUCCGCCGGACUCCUGUCGCUGAAGCCACGCCAGCCGCUGAAGCCCGUUAUCAAGACACGCGGCUCGCCAGGUCCCGAGUUUCCCAAGAAGGUCACAUUCAGCGCCUUUGCCACGGUCCAGGUGGUGUGAUUGUCCACCACGGGGCGUGUCAGCUGCACAUGGGCGCAAGCACUGUGGCUAGUUUCCGCGCGUUUUGCAUUGUUAACCGUUAUUGUUGUAUUGUUGCUGUUGUUAAAUGUUUAGCAUUACUAUCGGAUCGGCAUCUGGCAGACUUGAAAAUUUUUCUUAAGUUUAAAUUUAUAUUUGUGCCAUGUCUUUGGCUUGAAUCUGUUAUGAAAUAUGUACCAAUAUAUGUAUACUCCAUAGCUGAAAAUACCUCAAAGACCCUACACCUUUUCAAAGCAUGAAUCUGAAUUUCCAGUGCAAUUUUUAAAUUGUUUUCAUAAUGUUCCCUCCCUCUCUCUCUCUCACAUUAUCUAAAUGCUUUUCCUGGAAGACUGACAUUUUCAAUUUCACAGUUCCUUUCACUAUGUUUUUCACUGGACACAACACUAUUUUUCCAAAUUUUAAAACAGUAUUCUUCGCAUCUUUAUAUUUCUGGCAAAUAUACUUUUUAAUCACAACCCCAAACUGUAGACUACACACAAAAAUUCUAAUAUUUUCUAUCAAAUUGUAAAUAUGUAUGAAUUUUUGAAUAGUCAUAAAUAUAUAUUUGGCGUAUACAUUUGUAAUAUGUAACUCUGCUUGAGUGUAUGUGUAUAUAUACCAGAACUUUACAUAUGUAUUGUAAUAAUACGAUAUAAGAGUAAAAUGAAAGAUGCCUUCUAUAAACACGAAAUAUAAACGCAAUUGCUGUUUAUUGUAUUUUAAAUAUAUUAUUAAAAAUAUUACUUUAAG